AUGAAGACAUGCCUGGCGGCGUUGAAUCGCUGUACUAUGGUAGGCAUUUGGGCGGGUGGCAGCAGGGAUGGAGCUGGAGAAUCAUUGUAUCUUUCUUUUUCUUUUGUUUGAUAAAAAACAAUGCAAUACACUUUAUGCAAUAUUCAUAAAGUGAUGAUCGUUUCAUGACCACACACACACACACAGCAGUGCUGUUAAUAUUGGAGGGCUUCGGGGAAAAACACAGUACUAUAAGCCUUAUGGUGCUCUUUCAUUGUUUCAUUAGUCAAACACACACAUCACACACAUUUCACGCUGUCUAAACGUCAGUUUAAUUUUCACAUUUGCCAGUCUUCAUAGGACAUUAAUUCAUCAAUCUGUAUGCAGAACGGCCCCUUAUUACUUCAAUUCAACCUGUAAUUAUUCCUACCUGGCCUGCGUCCAAAAUUCAACCCUAUCCCCUUUUUUAGUGCACUACUUUUGGAAAUAAUUGCACUAUGUAGGGAAUAGGGUGCCAUUUGGGAUGCAGUCUUCUUGGAGUCGUAUGGUUGGUGAUUGGCUUCAGGCAGGUAUCCUGCUGGAAGGCUUCUGCACAUUAGCACACACAGAGAGCGUGAGAGGCCCAUUGCCCUGAUUACUCACAUCUGGUCAUUAAAGUUGUAUGUGUUUUCUGCCAGAGAAGUGGUGCUGCAAUCACAAGAUGGACAGAGGAACAAGUGGCACCACCUGCAUAGCAAACUACGAUCUGAUUGGUUCCUGGGUUAAUUACUGAGCUCUGAUUGGCUCUAUAGGGGGUUCUUAACAGGACUUUGUUAUAGGCUGCUGUACAGGUGUUGGAUCUUAAUUUGACCAGUAUUGUCACAGCAAAAUAAUCCUGCAGCAACAGGAUUUGAACACUCACACUUUUACACUGAUGUAAUGUUGCUUGAUCGGUGGUUAAACUAUUAGCUGGCCAAAAUUAGGGCUACAUGAAAAGGGCAGUACUGUUAAUAUAACCGUGUGGGUUUUCAGUGAAUUCAUGUAAAUCACGAAGCUCAUCUGCAUUUCCUGCAGCGCAGGAUAUUUCUCAGCGACAACAGUGUGAUCAAAGUAAGAUCCUACAUGUGUAGUGGACACACUGAGGCCAAACAGAGGACAGCAAAGGGAGAGUCAACAUGAGUCCCAUACGAACAGGCACUAAUGAUCUAAUGAUCCCUCAUUCUCAUAGGCCCUGUACACACUCAAGCUGUACAAUAAUAAUAAUAAGCCAUUUAACAGACACUUUUAUCCAAAGUGACUUACAGUCAUGUGUACAGAGUAGUGUGUUACCAAUUGUAUUCUUGGUGACUAUGGUCCCAGCUGCCUUGAGAUCAUUGACAAGAUCCUCCCGUAUAGUUCUGGGCUGAUUCCUCACUGUUCUCAUGAUCAUUGCAACUCCACGAGGUGAGAUCUUGCAUGGAGCCCCAGGCCGAGGGAGAUUGACAGGUCUUUUGUGUUUCUUCCGUUUGCAAAUAAUCGCACCAACUGUUGGAAUCUGAUUGAUUGAUUGCUUCUGUGGACAGGUGUCUUUUAUACAGGUAACAAGCUGAGAUUAUGAGCACUCCCUUUAAGAGUGUGCUCCUAAUCUCAGCUCGUUACCUGUAUAAAAGACACCUGGGAGCCAGAAAUCUUUCUAAUUGAGAGGUGGUCAAAUACUUAUUUCCCUCAUUAAAAUGCAAAUCAAUUUAUAACAUUUUUGACAUGCGUUUUUCUGGAUUUUUUUGUUGUUAUUCUGUCUCUCACUGUUCAAAUAAACCUACCAUUAAAAUUAUAGACUGAUCAUUUCUUUGUCAGUGGGCAAACGUACAAAAUCAGCAGGGGAUCAAAUACUUUUUUCCCUCACUGUAUCAUUGCGAAAGCAACAUCUGCACUGAGGAAAAAACACACAUUUACAUUGUACUGUACAGGAGGUGUUAACCAUAGAGUUGGAGUAUAUUAGACCCAUUAGUACACCAUAGGAAAUAGUUCCAUUGAAUCUGCAGUGGUAAAAUAUUGGUCAACAUUUUAUUACUUAAAACAGUGAUGUACUGUAUCUACACUGAACAAAAAUAUAAAUGCAACAUGCAACAAUUAAAAAAAUUGUACUGAGUUACAGUUUAUAUAAGAAAAUCAGUCAACUGAAAUAAAUUCAUUAGGCCCUAAUCUAUGGAUUUCACAUGACUGGGAAUACAGAUCUGUUGGUCACAGAUACCUUUAAAAAAAAGUAGGACUGUAUCUGGUGUGACCACCAUUUGCCUCAUGCAGCGCAACACAUCUCCUUCGCAUAGAGUUGAUCAGGCUGUUGAUUGUGGCCAGUGGAAUGUUGUCCCACUCCUCUUCAAUGGCAGUGCAAAGUUGCUGGAUAAUAGCGGGAACUGGAACACGCUGUCGUACCAGUCGAUCCAGAGCAUCCCAAACAUGCUCAAUGGGUGACAUGUCUGGUGAGAACUGGGCCAUGGAAGAACUGGGACAUUUUCAGCUUCCAGGAAUUGUGUACAGAUCCUUGCGGCAUGGGGCCGUGCAUUAUCAUGCUGAAACGAGGUGAUGGCGGCGGAUGAAUGGCACGACAAUGGGCCUCAGGAUCUCGUCAUGGUGUCUCUGUGCAUUCAAGUUGCCAUCGAUAAAAUCCAAUUGUGUUCGUUGUCCAUAGCUUAUGCCUGCCCAUACCAUAACCCCACCGCCACCAUGGGGGAUUUUGUUCACAACGUUGACAUCAGCAAACCGCUCGCCCACACGACACCAUACACGCUGUCUGCCAUCUUCCCGGUACAGUUGAAUCUAUGAUUAAUCCGUGAAGAGCACACUUCUCCAGCGUGCCAGUGGCCAUCGAAGUUGAGCAUUUGCCCACUGAAGUUGGUUACGACGCCAAACUGCAGUCAAGUCAAGAUCCUGGUGAGGACGACGAGCACACAGAUGGGCUUCCCUGAGACGGUUUCUGACAGUUUGUGGACAAAUUCUUCGUUUGUGCAAACCCACAGUUUCAUCAGCUGUCCGGGUGGCUGGUCUCAGAUUAUCCCACAGGUGAAGAAGCCUGAUGUGGAGGUCCUGGGCUGGCGUGGUUACACGUGGUCUGAGGUUGUGAGGCCGGUUGGACGUAGAGACGGCUUAUGGUACAGAAAUUAAUAUUAAAAUCUGUCAACAGCUCUGGUGGACAAUCCUGCAGUCAGCAUACCAAUUGCACGCUCCCUCAAAACUUGAGACAUCUGUGGCAUUGUGUUGUGUGACAAAACUGCACAUUUUAGAGUGGCCUUUUAUUGUCCCCAGCACAAGGUGCACCUGUGUAAUGAUCAUGCUGUUUAAUCAGCUUCUUGAUAUGACACACCUGUCAAGUGGAUGGAUUAUCUUGGCAAAGGAGGAAUGCUCACUAACAGGGAUGUAAACAAAUGUGUGCACAACAUUUGAGAGAAAUACGUUUUUUGUGCGUAUGGAAGAUUUUGGGGAUAUUUUGUGUCAGCUCAAUGAAACAUGGGACCAACACUUUACAUGUUGUGUUUAUAUAUUUUUUGUUCAGUGUAGAUCGGUGGUAUAAAUGUUAUUAUGUUUAGAUCAGAUGACCAUGAUUUGGUUAAGGGCGAGAAGGACAACUGCUUGGUUCAUAGCUGCAUGUAUGUAACAAACACAGAUGAAAUGGAAAAUAGCCAUUUAAACAGGUAUAGCAGCUCCUUCUGACACGACAUUCAAAGGAAACUGCUCUUCGUUCUCUGUUGUCAAAUCAUUUUUAUAUCAGCACAGGGACACAGCACUUUAUAUCACUUUAGUGUUGUGGAAGAACCUAUUUCUGGACAGAUUAUUCAAAUCUCACCGUCUUCGUCCCAAAUAGUCUUCGUCCCAAAUAGCACCCUUUUCACAACGUAGUGCACAACUUUUGACCAAGAAACAUAGGGCUCCGGUCAAUAGUAUUGCACUAGGGAAUAGGGUGCUACUGGGCUCUGGUCAAAAGUAGUGCACUAUGUAGGGAAUAGGGUACCAUUUGGGACACAGCCCCAGUGUGUGGAGGGAGGAAGGAGAGGCUGCCUUCUAUUUCUACUGUUUCUCUCCUGGGGUUUAGACUGAUCUGCUGCACUGGAUACACAUGUAGCAUCACACACACACACACACACACACACACCAACCUGCUUCCUCUUUAAGGGGUUUGUGUAGUAAUGGCUAAUGGCAGUACAUCUUAACAGUCUCAAUGGUUGUAAUGGCAGUACAUCUUAACAGUCUCAAUGGUUGUAAUGGCAGUACAUCUUAACAGUCUCAAUGGUUGUAAUGGCAGUACAGCUUAACAGUCUCAAUGGUUGUAAUGGCAGUACACCUUAACAGUCUCAAUGGUUGUAAUGGCAGUACAGCUUAACAGUCUCAAUGGUUGUAAUGGCAGUACAUCUUAACAGUCUCAAUGGUUGUAAUGGCAGUACAGCUUAACAGUCUCAAUGGUUGUAAUGGCAGUACAUCCUAACAGUUACAGUGGUUGUAAUGGCAGUACAUCUUAACAGUGUCAAUGGUUGUACAGCCCAUAUGUGAACAGUCUCAAUGGUUGUAUAUUUUUAGGGCCAAUUAUGCUGUUGGUUCAUUCGCUGGUACCUGCCAAUACCUCUAGCUAAGGACUGGUUCCCUCUUUUGACAGAGGAUGAAGGAGAAACCAUAAUGCAUUUCAUUUUACCCUCAUUUUCCAUUGAUGCCAGACUGACAGCGAACGACCCAUUACUCUCCCUUAUGUUGUGCUAGUUAAAAGGGCUGUGAAGAUUCCAGACUUGCGUCCCAAAUGGCUCCCUAUUCCCUACAUAGACCUGUGGGCCCUGGUCAAAAGUAGUGCGCUACGUACAGAUGGAGGAUCUUAAUUUGACCAGUAUUCUCACUGCAAAAUAAUCCUGCAGCAGCAGGAUUUGAACGUUUAGUCCAUGUUGCUUGAUCGGUGGUUAGGCUAGUAGCUGGCCAAAAGUAGGCUACAUGAAAAGUCAGUACUGUUAAUAUAACCGUGUGUUACUGUGGGUUUUCACUGAAUAUAUACAUGUACAGCACCAGUCAAAAGUUUGGACACACCUACUCAUUCAAGGGUUUUUCUUUAUUUUUACUAUUUUUUGCAUUAUAGAAUAAUAGUGAAGACAUCAAAACUAUGAAAUAACACAUAUGGAAUCAUGUAGUAACCAAAAAAGUGUUAAACAAAUCAAAAUAUAUUUUAUAUUUGAGAUUCUUCAAAUAGCCACCCUUUGCCUUGAUGACAGCUUUGCACACUCUUGGCAUUCUCUCAACCAGCUUCACCUGGAAUGCUUUUCCAACAGUCUUGAAGGAGUUCUCACAAAUGCUGAGCACUUGUUGGCUGCUUUUCCUUCACUCUGCCGUCCGACUCAUCCCAAACCAUCUCAAUUGGGUUGAGGUCGGGGGAUUGUGGAUGCCAGGUCAUUUGAUGCAGCACUCCAUCACUCUCCUUCUUGAUGAUAGUCCCACUAAGCCCAAACUAGAUGGGAUGGUGUAUUGCUGCAGAAUGCUGUGGUAGCCAUGCUGGUUAAGUGUGCCUUGAAUUCUAAAUAAAUCACAGACACAUCAGCAAAGCACCCCCACACCAUAACACCUCCUCCUCCAUGCUUUACGGUGGGAACUACAAAUGCGGAGAUAAUCCGUUCACCCACACCGCGUCUCACAAAGAUACAGCGGUUUGAACCAAAAAUCUCCAAUUUGGACUCCAGACCAAAGGACAGAUUUCCACCGGUCUAAUGUCCAUUGCUCGUGUUUCUUGGCCCAAGCAGGUCUCUUCUUCUAAUUGGUGUCCUUUAGUAGUGGUUUCUUUGCAGCAAUUCGACCAUGAAGGCCUGAUUCACACAGUCCCCUCUGAACAGUUGAUGUUAAGAUGUGUCUGUUACUUGAACUCUGUGAAGCAUUUAUUUGGGCUGCAAUUUCUGAGGCUGGUAACUCUAAUGAACUUAUCCUCUGCAGCAGAGGUAACUCUGGGUCUUCCAUUCCUGUGGCAGUCCUCAUGAGAGCCAGUUUCAUCAUAGCACUUGAUGGUUUUUGCGACUGCACUUGAAGAAACUUUCAAAGUUCUUGAAGUUUUCCGUAUUGACUGACCUUCAUGUCUUAAAGUAAUGAUGGACUGUCGUUUCUCUUUGCUUAUUUGAGCUGUUCUUGCCAUAAUAUGGACUUGGUCUUUUACCAAAUAGGGCUAUCUUCUGUAUACCACCCCUACCUUGUCACAACACAACUGAUUGGCUCAAACGCAUUAAGAAGGAAAGAAAUUCCACAAAUUAACUUUUAUCAAGGCACACCUGUUAAUUGAAAUGCAUUCCAGGUGACUACCUCAUGAAGCUGGUUGAGAGAAUGCCAAGAGUGUGCAAAGCUGUCAUCAAGGCAAAGGAUGGCUGUUUGAAGGAUCUCAUAUAUAAAAUAUAUUUUGUUUAACACUUUUUUGGUUACUACAUGAUUCCAUAUGUGUUAUUUCAUAGUUUUGAUGUCUUCACUAUUAUUCUACAUUAUUCUACAAAAAAAUAAAAAUAAAUAAAGAAUAACCCUUGAAUGAGUAGGUGUGUCCAAACUUUUGACUGGUAGUGUAUGUAAAUGACAAUGCUUAUCUGUGUUUCCUGCGGUGCAGGAACAUUCUCAGCAAUAAAAGAGUGAUCAAAUUAAGAUCCUGCAUCUGUAAGGAAUAGGGUGCCAUUUGGGACACAUUCACGUGUUAUCUUGGAACUCAUCAGUUUAAUGUCUCCUUAUUAUAGCAUUUCUCUGCAUGACCUACCUCUAACAGUCCCUCUCGCAAGUGUUUCAAGCUUUGCUGUUAGCUCCUCUGACAGCCUUCAUCUGCGCUGCUUUCUAGGCGGUACUCUAGAACAUCCUCUCAGCAUCAGCUACUCUCUUAGCCUCCUUAGCUGGUCCUCUGACCCACUUCAUGCAUCCUUAGUGCCCCAGACAUCACUCUAGAACCUUCUAAGCUCCUCUCAGUCCUGCUCAUCGCCUCCUCUCAGCUCCUCUCAGUGCCUCUCAGCCUCCUCUCAUCCAAUCUAGCCUCCUUCUCUCCUAGCUCUCUCAGCUCCUCUCCCUUCACCUCCUCUCAGCACCCUCAGCUCCUCACAUGCCCUCAGCUCCUCCAUCCUCUCUCAGCACCUUUCAGACUCCUCUCAGCUCCCUCUCCAGUCGCUCUCAGCCCCUGCUCAGCUCCUCUCAGCCUCCUCUCAGCCUCCUCUCAGCCUCCUCUCAGUCGCCUCUCAGCCUCCUCUCAGUCUCUCAGCCUCCUCUCAGUCUCCUCUCAGCCUCCUCUCAGCCUCCUCUCAGUCGCCUCUCAGCCUCCUCUCAGCCUCCUCUGCCUCCUCUCAGCCUCCUCUCAGCCUCCUCUCAGUCGCCUCUCAGCCUCCUCUCAGCCUCCUCUCAGCCUCCUCUCAGCCUCCUCCAGCCUCCUCUCAGCCUCUCUCAGCACCUCUCAGCCUCCUCUCAGCCUCCUCUCAGCCUCCUCUCAGCCUCCUCUCAGUCACCUCUCAGCCUCCUCUCAGCCUCCUCUCAGCCUCCUCUCAGCCUCCUCCUCAGCCUCCUCUCAGCCUCCUCUCAGCCUCCUCUCAGCCUCCUCUCAGCCUCCUCUCAGCCUCCUCUCAGUCGCCUCUCAGCCUCCUCUCAGCCUCCCUCUCUCAGCCUCCUCUCAGCCUCCUCUCAGUCGCCUCUCAGCCCUCUCAGUCUUCAUCACUCUCAGCCUCCUCCAGUCCCUCUCAGCCUCCUCUCAGCCUCUCAGCCUCUCAGCUCUCAGCCUCCUCUCAGUCACCUCUCAGCCUCCUCUCUCCCCUCUCAGCCUCCUCUCAGCCUCCUCUCAGUCACCUUUCAGCCUCCUCUCAGCCUCCUCUCAGUCUCCUCUCAGCCUCCUCUCAGCCUCCUCUCAGCCUCCUCUCAGCUCUCUCAGCCUCUCAGCCUCCUCUCAGCUCUCCCUCAGCCUCCUCUCAGUCCCUUAGCCUCCUCUCAGCUCCUCUCAGUCCCUCUCAGCCUCCUCUCCCCUCUAGCCUCCUCUCAGCCUCCUCUCAGCCUCCUCUCAGUCGCCUCUCAGCCUCUCACUCCUCUCAGCCUCCUCUCAGCCUCCUCUCAGCCUCCUCUCAGUCUCCUCUCAGCCUCCUCUCAGCCUCCUCUCAGCCUCCCUCUCUUAGUCGCGCCCUCUCAGCCUCCUCUCAGCUUCCUCUCAGCCUCCUCUCAGCCUCCUCUCAGCCUCCUCUCAGUCGCCUCUCUCCAAGUCUGCAUAAUUUUCAUGCUUAAAUGGAUUUAUUGUGAAUACCGCAAAUUCUUAUGAGAUUUCCCUUCCCUUGCCUUCCCUCUUUCUUUAUCUUGCUCUCUCUUCUGGUCUUUCUUUCUUUCUCUCUCGCUCUCUCUCUCUCUCUCUCUGUCUGUCUCUCCUUUGUUUCUCUCAACCCUCUCUCUCUUUCUUUCUCCUCUCUCUCUUUCUCUCUCUCCCCCCUCUCUGAUUCUCCUGCCCUCUCUCUCUCCCCCUAUCCCUCUCCCUCCCCUCCCUCCCUCCCCUCCCUCCCUCCCUCCCUCUCUCUCUCCACAGAUAUCGGCUGCCUGUCGGUAGGAGUGGAGGGUCAUGUAUGAUUGAAAUAGCAGUAGAUAAUGGAACAGUGAAACAUCAGGAGGAAUCCUUGUUCCAGCCCGUGUCAGAGGUAAGCCCAGUUAUCUGACUCAAGGACUGCAUCCCAAAUGGCACCCUUUUUCCUAUAUAGUGCCCCCUAUGGACCCUGGUCAAAAUGAGUGCACUAUAUAGGGAAUAGAGUGCCAUUUGGCGCCAGUUAUCUCAGCCGAGUCCCCUGAUAUGUAGCCAUACUUUGUCUAGGUUUGGCAUUUGUACUGAGGGAAUAUUUCCUAUGAUCAAUUCAUGUAUCGUGAUUAUACUGUAUCACAAGCAGAGGACUCAAUCAAACAUGCAUUGUAGUGUGUGUGUGUGUGUGUGUGUGUGUGUGUGUGUGUGUGUGUGUGUGUGUGUGUGUGUGUGACGAGUGCGCGUGUUCUUGCAUGCACGACAGCAGUGAUGUAUACAGAUAUUGUAAAUGAGUUAAUACAGGGAAAGCAUAACAUGCGCCAUACACUGAUUAUAAUAAACAUUAAGAACACCUUGACUUUCCAUGACAUAGACUGACCAGGUGAAUCCAGGUGAAAGCUAUGAUCGCUUAUUGAUGUCACUUGUUAAAUCAACAUCAAUCAGUGUAGAUGAAAGAGAGGAGACAGGUUAAAGAAGGAUUUUUAAGCCUUGAGACAUGGAUUGUGAAUGUGUGCCAUUCAGAGGGUAUAUAGCCUCUGUAUUGUUAUUUAGUGUUACUUUUUAUUACAUUUUUUACUUUAGUUUAUUUAGUAAAUAUUUUCUUAACUUUAUUUCUUGAACUGCAUUGUUGGUUAAGGGCUUGUAAGUAAGCAUUUCACGGUAAGGUCUACACCUGUUGUAUUCGGCACAUGUGACAAAUACAAUUAGAUUUUAUUUUAUUUGAAUGCAUGAGCCAAAAUAUUGAAGUGCCUUUGAACGGGGUAUGGCCAGGCGCACCGGUUUCUGUCAAGAACAGCAACACUGCUGGCUUUUUCACGCAACACAGUUUACCAUGUGUAUCAAGAAUGUUUUGGGGGGACAACUCAAUAUUAGGAAGAUGUUCUUAAUGUUUUGUACACUCAGUGUCUAUCGAACUGUGUGUAUGGUUAUAUCUCACUUGUUAAAGAUGCACUAUGCAGAAAGUGCUCCGCCAUUUCCUGGUUGCUAAAAUUAGAAUAGUUAGCCUAAUUACAGUUUAUGUGACAAAACAAGCAAGCAUAGUGUAGAGAAUCAUUGUACCAUCUAAACCGCUGUGAAAUAUCUUUUUCAUAACCAAACAUAUUGUAUUUUCAGCUGUUUGAAGCUGGUUUACAAAACCGCAAAAACGAAACUUAAGACCGGGAAGCAUAGAAAUAGCACACAUAGAACAGAUCUACCGCUUCUUAGACUUGCUUUCAAUGAGAAUGACAGAUCUAUAACAUAUAUUUCUAUGUGAAUUUGUCCGGGUCGCCCAGAAAAGUUACAUAUUGCAGCUUUAAAUUGACUGUUAAGGGUUAUAAGUUGUCGGUUCACUGGAUUCCCAACCAGAAAACACCUGAUUUGCAUUCUAAAUGGCACCCAAUUCCCUAUAUAAUGUACUACUUCCCAUAGGGCUCUAGUCAAAAGUAGUGCCCUAAAAGUAGUGCACUAUGUAGGAAAUAGGGUUCUACUUGGGAUGUAGGCAUACUUUACCUUACCUGAAGAUUUUGUAUUGUUGAUUACCAUUGCAGGUCUUGUCUACACCGAGUAUACCAAACAUCAGGAACACCUUCCUAAUAUUGAGUUGCAACACCCCCUUAUGCCCUCAGAACAGCCUCAAUUCGUCGGAGGCAUGGACUCUACAAGGUGUCAAAAGCAUUCCACAGGGAUGCUGGCCAAUGUUGAAUCCAAUGCUGGCACCUACUACCAUACUUUCCCAUUCCACCCUCUGAAUGGCACACAUACACAUGUCCAUGUCUCAUUUGUCUCUAGGCUUAAAAAUCCUCCUUUAACCUGUCUCCUCCCCUUCAUCUACACUGAUUUGAAGUGGAUUUAACAAGUGACAUAAAUAAGGGAUCAUAGCUUUCACCUAGAUUCACCUGGUCAGUCUAUGUUUUGUAUAGUCAGUGUAUAUCAUAACUGAUUAAAGAAAACUAAAUAUCUGUAGUCAUUUAGAUAGAACUGUGAUGUAAUGAACUAUACAGUGAAGCACAUGGACUGUGUAGAGAAGACUAAACAAGCAUUGCUGAUAACUAGUGUGUGUGUGUGUGUGUGUGUGUGUGUGUGUGUGUGUGUGUGUGUGUGUGUGUGUGUGUGUGUGUGUGUGUGUGUGUGCGGCGCGCGUACGCACACCUGUCCCCCUUCUUGCCUACCUACCUGCCUUUGAAGUUGUGCAUACAUUUGUCUAUGUGACAUCCUUCCAGGUAGCGUUGGGGCCUAUUUUCCUGGGGGACGUCCCCUCCCAUAGGGAUCAGCCUGCCAGCACCAGGGAGGUGACGGGGUUUGUAGGCUGUAUCAGGGAGCUGCAGGUCAACAAUAAGGACAUCUACAUAGCAGGAGAGGCAAUGGGCGGGAGGAACAUCCAAAACUGUGACACACCUGUCUGUCAGCACCUGCCCUGCCGCAACGGAGGCACCUGUGUCAGGUAG